GUGAGAGGAAGGUGGAAGCAGCCUGUCAGCCACAGCCGAGGGACGGAGGGACGGUAUGUCUCUGCACACUGAGAGCUGCUGCCGCCGCCGGGGCUCUCUGCCAAACACACAAUGGACUGUCAACACAGAAACAUGGCUUCCUCUGCCACGGCCAAGACGAAUAACAGGGAGUACGCAGCGGCGGACGAGGAGCCUGUGUCGCAGUCUCGGGAAAUAGUCAAGCCCACCAUCACGGAGCUGACCAAAGAAGUGAGGACGAACAUCCUCUGCACCGUGGAGGGAUGUGGCAAGAUUCUCCCCAACACACCUGCAUUGAACAUGCACCUCGUCAAGUCGCACAGGAUCAAGGAUGGUAUUGUCAAUCCCACGGUCAGAAAGGAGAUGAAAGGCUCGCAGAAACUCUAUUGCUGUCCCAUUGAAGGCUGUCCCAGGGGGCCAAACAGACCGUUCUCCCAAUUCUCCCUCGUUAAACAACACUUCAUGAAGAUGCAUGCAGAAAAGAAACACAAAUGCUCCAAGUGCAACAAUGGCUACAGCACCGAGUGGGACCUGAAGAGACACAUAGAAGACUGUGGGAAGACGUACCAAUGUACCUGUGGCUGUCCCUACGCCAGCAGAGCAGCUCUGCUCUCACACAUCUACAGGACAGGCCACGAGAUUCCUACUGAACACAGAAAUCCUCCAGUAAAGAAACGAAAGAUGGAGAAACUGUUAAGCGGUGCUGAAAAGGUUAAGACCAGCGAUUCAUCUUUCCAGAUUGUGUCUGCUACUAAAGAGCUGUCAGAGACUGUGCUCCCAUCCGAUACAGCUGUUCACACCCCGGACUCUGCGAAUCAAAGCUCUAACUCAGUGAGGAGUCCUCCCAAGUUGUUCCUGCUGAAGCCUAAGAUGGCUUUGGUCAGUGUUCCUGUGAUGCAGCUGACCCACCUCCCCGUUCUCCUUCCGUCCACGGACAGUGGGACUCUCAGAUCGGUCGUCCUCGCGGUAGAUAACCAAGGCUCUGUCAGCACCCUCCAGCUGCUGCCACAGGCCAUGGGAGCAGUGGUGCCCCAACUCGACGCUAAAAGUUUGAGUUUCAAGGACAGCAUGCCUACGUCCCGGUCCAGCCUGGGGCCCAUCAGCACGGGGGUGCAGGUCAGUCUGGACUCUGCGGGUGCAGAGGACUCCACCAACAGUGUGGCAGGGCAGCGGGGACGGAGCACCUCCACCAACAUUCAGACAGACAAAUCAUACUUGUCAGGAGUGAGUGCUGGCGAGGGGAUCAGCCUCUGCCCCAUGGCGGAGUCCUCGGUGUCGUCCUGCUCACAGACGGACAUCAGCGUCAGUGCUCAAGUCCUGCUGCCGGUCAGCGUUGAAACUCAGACAUUCUCCUCCCGGGCGAAAGCCACGUCCUCUAUCGGCGCUCAGACGGACUGCCAGAGCCUGAGCCAAAUUCCUUGCUCCUCCUCUGUGCUCCCAUACAAAACCCGGCAGACGCAGACAUAUGUGGCUACGUCACAGGCGGAGGAGAAGGCUCAGGACCAGGCAAUCAUCUGCUCUGAUCUGUUCGCCUGUGACUCGCUCAGUGUCUCCACCCAGACCGCUCUGGACCUUGACGACACCCUUAGUGCCGCAGGAAGUGGUUUAUAUGAAGACUCGAAGACAGCGGGCGGCAUGUGCUACGGGGUGCAGACACAUGAGCUCAACGCAAAUAACAUGGCCGACAACCAGACCCAAACAAUGACCCUGCUGAGUGAUCUGGAAAACAUUCUGUCUGACAGCAUGUCGGGACACCAGGUGCUGACGGAGGCCUCCGCAGGCUGCGGGUCCGGGCUGGGCUCGGUUCAGGAGCAGCACAACGGCAUAGACUUUGACUUUGAAGAGUUCCUCAACGCCGUGCACAUUCAGACGCAGACGGAGGAGAGCGAGCUGGGAGGGCUGGGCGGCGACACGCCGCUGGAGUCCCUGGACAUUCAGACGCAGACAGACUUCCUCCUCAUGGACGAACUGGACCAAAACGAGGGACCAAGUCGAACGCAGGCCAGCGACCUGGAGCUGUUUGACACUCAGACUCAGACCGACCUCAAUUUCCUGUUGAACGCUGGAAGCCACAUGCCCUUGAGCAGCAUCUUACGACAUUCAAGCUUCUCCAUGAGCACAGAAUCCUCAGAUACAGAAACGCAGACGGAUCUGCCUCCGUUCACCGCCGGCCUCCCCGCUCAGGCGCCCGUCGGGCAGAGCGAGCAGGCGAGGCUGCUCAACAGCACGGAGACGCAGACUGUGACCAGUCAGGCGGAAGGCCUGGGACACCUCUUCCUGACCAGCAACGAAACACAGACGGUCAUGGACGACUUCUUGUCGGCAGACCUGGCGUGGAACAUGGAGUCCCAUUUCAGUUCUGUGGAAACGCAGACAUGCGAGGAGCUGUGCGCUCUCUUUCACCACCCCGAGAAACCCAAUCGCUGAAGGUCUCUCAGUGAAGCUCCGUGAACCUUUUACACUACAGGUUUUCAUUAUGAGCCUCAUGAGGGUGAUCUGUACGCGCUGGCAGACCAUAGUCUUAUCAGUCACAGGUCUGCGGGAACAUUUCUGACCAUUCCACUGGAGGCAUCGUGUCCAGAGCCUUUCCAGGUGUAUAUCCUGACAGCUUUGCUGCACUUUAUUAGCUCGACGGGCAGGAUUUAUCAGCUCCUGUGAUGGUUUACAUAUUUAUUUGCACUUUAAGUAUUAUACGUUUCGUCUGAAAAGCCAGUUUACUUGUAUAUUUCAGUGCGUUAACACUCUGACUGGCUCUUUGUCUUACUAGCAGUUCAAAAAGAAAUAAAUACACUAAAAAGGGACAUCAUCUCUACAGUUGUAUGCUACUGUCAUGAAAAGGCUUUGAAAACCACCAUGUUUGACCUGAUCCAAGUAUGGAUGUAUCACACUGCAACAACUUCGUCAAACCUGUACAGUUUAUGAUAUUGUACAUUCAGUUCACAUGUCUAAAAUAUGCAUGAAGCCUUCACAUGAACCGCAGCACAGAAACAUUAGAUAUCGACUUUGCGCUUGUGCAUCUUAUGGUUGCCUCGUUGAAAUUAGGGAAAACCAGCGAGAAACAGCUUUAGCUUUCAAAACAAAGCUCCAGUAAGCCUUCCAACAAUGAGCAAGGCUUCACCUGAAGCUGCGUCGAUGUAUCUCUGAAUUAUACCGUUCCUCAUACAAGUGUGGCACAAGUGACCAGGAAAUGUGUUUGUCAGUCGUAGCGCACUUUUUUUUUCCUUGAAACGUGAUCGCAGAGUCUGAAGUCACGUGGACACUUCUUCUUUUGUGUCCAGACCUCUAAAGCGAAGAAGUCCGCUGGAGUUAGUGAGCGGACGAAGCUAUCAUCGUCUUUGACUUAUUCAUUAGCUGGCUGUAAGUGUAUACAGUAGCAGUACUCUGUGCAUAUGUGAUCUAGUUGUGAAGCGUAGUGGAUUAGAGCUAGGAUUAGCACAGAGUUAUUGUACGUAUCCACAACCUGUUUUUGACUGAAAGGAAUCCUAUUGAAGGACUUUUUUAAUUCUAAUUGCUAAUUUGUUGCUCUUCAAGUGGCUAUAAGUUGUUUUCCAUGAUGCAGUUACCUCAUGGGCACCACUGUGUUCUGCUUGGGAACACGGAGCUUCAGGCCUUGUUUAUUUUUUCAUUUUGUUACGUCGGUGCCUUAGCCCAAGUAAAAACUUGAGUUUUGUGUUACAGAUAAUUUGCUGCUUUGAAGUAAUGAUCCUGUUUUUUUUUUGUUUUUUGUUUUUUUUAUAAGCAAACAGUGUAAGAAGUGACUCGACACUGAAAACUUGUCCGAAUCCUUUCAGUCUUUGCCUUGCAUGAUAAGCCAUCCUGUGUCGGUGUCUCCAUCGUGGUUGCAUGAAAUAUUGGAAUGUCCUUCUCGUCUAUAUUUUCAGUGGAAAGAUUAACGUCCUGUCACAUGAGAACAUUUGCUAUGCAGCAUUUUGUUGAGAGUUUGCUUUGAUUCCAUGUUCCCUGUUUUUUUAUGGAUGGGUCGUUAAUGCUGUUACACUUUAUGGGUGGCUGCAGCACCGAGGAAUGUACAGGACAUGUCACUGUGCCCAAGUAUAACAUGCUCUGUCUUUUUUUUUUCUUUCUUUUUUUCUCAAUCACAUCCGCCCUGUGUAAGGAUAAAUUCCCUGGAUUAACACUUUUGACACAAAACUUCAGAAUUUGCAGUUUUUCAUUCGUAUUUGUCAAAUUGAGAGACAGCACAGCUUCGCCUCGCAAGUUUAUUGUAACGGGGUAAUGGCUUGCAUUAAACACAACUCUGUGUAGUAGCUCUGUCAGUCUUUAAGUGUCAGUUGCAGUGCUUUAUUUCCUCCCUGCGGGGAGUGCAUGCUGAUGUUUAUCCAGCACAAACUAUUUGUUUUAGCAGAAUCUCAGUUUCUGUUGCUUAUGUGUGUAGUUAAAGGUUGCCUUGAUUAAGUGUUGAAGCUACAAUACAGAUGUUGUUAAUAAACUGCUGGAAAGUG